AUGCCAUGUGAAGGCUGCAUGGAGAGGGACAAUGUGAGCACUGGCGCAACCAUGGAGUUCAUCCUGCUUGGCUUCUCCGAGCUUCUCCAUCUGCGGGUCCUGCUCUUCUUUAUCUUUCUCAUUGUUCAUUUGGUCACACUGGCAGGGAAUACGAUGAUCUUCAUGGCCGUGGUGAUGGAGCCCUCACGUCCCCCCAUGCUUUUCUUCCUCGGCCAACUCUCUGCCGUGGAGCUCUGCUACACUUUGGUCAUUGUGCCCAAGGCACUGCUCAGCCUGGCAGUGGGCAGCAGCCCCAUCUCCGUGAUGGGCUGUGCCACCCAGAUGCACUUCUUUGUGGCCCUUGGUGGCACCGAGUGCCUCCUGCUGGCAGCCAUGGCCUACGACCGCUACGUGGCCGUCUGCCAGCCCCUGCGCUACGCGGCCCUCAUGGGCGAGGGGCUGUGCCUCCGCCUGGCUCUGGCCUGUGCCCUGGGAGCCUUCGCUGUGGCCCUGGGCCUGACGGUGGCUGUGUUCCACCUGCCCUUCUGUCAGCCUCGCUGCAUCGACCACUUCUUCUGCGACGUGCCCGCCGUGCUGCGCCUGGCCUGCACACAGGGCUAUGCCGCAGAGCUGGCCCUGCUGGCGGCCUGCGUUCUCCUUCUGCUGCUCCCCUUCCUCCUAAUCCUGGCCUCGUACCUCUGCAUUGCUGUGGCUCUGUUAGGUGUCACCUCCCCUGCGGGAAGGGGCAAGGCUUUUUCCACCUGCAUUUCGCACCUGGCCAUCACCUUACUGCACUACGGCUGUGCCACCUUCAUCUACAUUCGUCCCAAGGGCAGUUACUUACCAGCUCAGGACAAGGUGGUGUCUCUGGUCUACACCAACAUUACUCCUUUAAUGUAUCCCCUCAUUUAUAGCCUGAGGAACAAGGAAAUCAGAGGGAUCCUCAGAAAAAUGCUGAGGAGGAAGAAAAUAGGUGAACUGGGAUACUAUCAGAGUUGUGAUGUGUGUGUGUGGUAA